ACAUCAAAGCAAUGUCAACAUUUUAUAAAAAUAAUAGGAUUUAAAUACAUUCAUUCAAGCUAAGUUAGCAAUAUAAAUUAAUUAUAUAACUUAGAAUAAUUAGACAAUCACAGAAAUUAACGUUCAGGUUUCUUUUCUACCUCAGUUGUGUUAUAUAAUCUGUUUUAACAUUGGAACUAAAUAAAAACUCGCAAAUUACAAAAUGAUUUACAAGUGGUGGCACCGAUGGGUUCGUAAGAAGACCAACCCCAUCCCUGUUGAUCAAGCCUUCCUUUGGAAGCGCCGUUUCAGUAUAGCUUACGGGUUGCUGGCAUGGAAUGCACUUGGAAUAGUGUUGUACUGUAUGGUGCAAGGAAAAUCGGACUGGGCCCAUUACUAUGGUCUUAAAUCAGAUGAAGAACACAACAUGGCCCCAGGAAGAGCAUGGGCUAACACACUUGGAAUAAAAAAUGCUAAGGUGUAUAGAGUUGCAGGGUUGAAAAAAGUAGAUGAAUAUGACAUAGUGGAGGGAGAAGAGGUGAGAACUAAAAAGCCGGAAAAAUCUACAGAAUCAGAACUUAUAACAGAAUAGAAAUCUUAGUUGGUAUUAAAAAAUAAUGUAAAUAAAAUAGUUCUUUAUUUAU